GGAAACCAAAAACCCACUUCAUACAAACCCUAAACCUAACAAGCAUAAGAUGUGAAGAAAUUUGGAGAUCAACUCCACAAAACCCGUUCAGAUUAAAUCCUAGAUUACCUUCAUCGAUCACAUAUAUAUCCCAGCUACCCACUUUUGAUUCAUCCCAGAAUUUGAAUUUGGUGUUCUUGUUCAUCUUUCAGUUUUUAAUUCUACGAUCAAAUUCCAUCUGGCAUACUUGUGCGGUUGUGCCCUAUAAUUGGUACUUGAAUCAGAAAAACUGAUCGCAGAUGGAUCCUUCAGCAGGAGCUGCCCACGGCCACUCGCUUCCACCUCCGUUCAAUACAAGAAACUUCAAUCUGCAUCARUUUCARCAACAAAAUUCUGAAGAUGAACAAAGCGGCACCAGUGGUCUCAACAUGGGUGGCCACAAAAGAGAGCGUGAAGACAAGAGCAACGACGAGAUGUUAAACAACAGCGGCGGUGGCGGAAGCAGUGAAGGCAAAGACGGAGAAAUGGGAAGAAGGCCAAGAGGUCGUCCGUCUGGUUCAAAAAACAAACCUAAACCACCGAUUAUAAUCACCAGGGACAGUGCCAACGCACUACGCACCCAUGUCAUGGAGGUUUCCGAUGGUUGUGAUGUGAUGGAUAGCAUCAGCACCUUUGCACGCCGCCGGCAACGUGGUGUGUGUAUCAUAAGUGGAACUGGGACCGUCACUAAUGUAACCCUCCGGCAACCUGCUUCACCAGGGGCGGUUGUGACAUUGCACGGAAGAUUUGAGAUUCUUUCUUUGUCGGGUUCUUUCCUGCCACCACCUGCACCACCGGCGGCGACGGGGUUGACCAUAUACUUAGCUGGUGGACAAGGGCAGGUGGUGGGUGGUAGUGUGGUAGGUGCACUUCUAGCGGCUGGACCAGUGGUUAUCAUGGCGGCAUCGUUUAGCAACGCCGCCUACGAAAGACUCCCUCUUGAGGAUGAGGAAAGUACUUUGCCGAUGCAAGGAGGCUCACUUGGAUCUCCGGGAGCCAUUACACCACCGCCAUCGCAACAACAACUACUGACAGAUCAGUCGCUGUUUCAAGGCAUGCCACCAAAUCUACUGAACUCGAUUCAAUUACCAAAUGAUGCUUAUUGGGGUAACAAUGGUGGCGGUCGUCCUUCCUUCUAAAAUUUAACUGCAUGUGACUGAGCAAAUUUUCAGGUUUCAAUUCUUUAAUUUCCUCUCUUUCGUUCUUAAUUUUAUGUCAACUCUUUUCUAGUUCUUAAUUUCGUUGUUUCUAGGGUUUCUUGAUUUGUGUUUGAUGUUAAGAUGACAUAUAUAAUUAUAUAUAUAUGCUUGUAUCAAUUUGUAUUGUAAGAGAC